ACAACGCAAAGAUGUUCAUUGUGCUUAUAUUAACAAGCUUGUUAUAUUUUGUGGGUGGCACCACUUAUGUAACCACCGACAGUCACGUUGAGGUGCCAAUAUACCAGAAACGACCGUUGAGCGAGCAAAUGGAGAUGAUUGAUAUCCUGGAUUUGGGAGACCGACCGCGACGACAGGCGGAACCCAAUCUGCACAAUUCAGCCUCCAAAUUCCUGCUGGAGGUGUACAAUGAGAUUAGCGAGGACCAGGAACCCAAGGAGGUCCUGCAUCAGCGCCACAAACGCUCGCUCGACGAUGAUAUCCUGAUUUCCAACGAGGAUCGACAAGAGAUUGCCAGUUGCAAUAGCAUUCUGACCUUUUCCAGUCGAGCGAAGCCCGAUGAACUGGGAAACGAGCUGGAUAUGCACGUAACCUUCAAUACCAACGAUGUGCCAGUGGAUUUGAGCCUGGUUCAGGCCAUGCUCAGGAUAUACAAACAGCCCAGUUUGGUUGACAGGAGGGAGAACUUUACGGUUUCUGUGUAUAGGAAACUGGACAACCGACAGGACUAUUCCUACCGCAUCCUGGGCUCCGUGAACACUACAUCCAAUCAGCGUGGCUGGCUGGAAUUCAAUUUGACCGAAUCCCUGAGAAUGUGGUUGGCCAACAAGGGUUUGCCACGACGAAACGAGUUAAGGAUCUCCAUUGGCGACUCCCAGCUGAGCACCUUUGCAGCCGGAUUGGUGGCUCCACAGGCCAGUCGUUCCAACUUGGAACCCUUCAUAGUGGGCUAUUUCAAUGGGCCCGAACUCUUGGUCAAAAUACAGAAGCUUCGUUUCAAAAGGGAUCUGGAGAAGCGACGGGCCGGUGGAAGUCCACCACCUCCUCCACCACCACCCGGGGAUUCAUACAGGCCACCACAAUCCUGCGAGCGACUCAAUUUCACUGUGAACUUUAAGGAGCUGCAGAUGCACAACUGGGUGAUUGCACCCAAAAAGUUCGAGGCUUACUUCUGCGGCGGUGGAUGCAACUUCCCGCUGGGCACCAAAAUGAAUGCCACCAACCACGCCAUCGUCCAAACCCUGAUGCAUCUCAAACAGCCGCAUCUGCCCAAGCCCUGCUGUGUGCCCACGGUCCUGGGAGCCAUCACCAUACUGCGCUAUCUCAACGAAGACAUCAUCGACCUCACCAAGUACCAAAAGGCAGUGGCCAAGGAGUGUGGCUGCCACUAG